AUGAGCGAUUUAGUAAGAAUCUUCAAGUCAGAUAUUGUCAAUGCUCCAAUCGACCAAGUGUGGCAGUUGGUGAGAAGUUUUAAUGGUCUUCCACAAUGGGCAGCUGGUAUUUCAGCAAGUAUUAUCGAAAAUGGUAGAGAAGAUAAUUCCAUUGGUUGUGUCCGAUCAUUAUCUUUGGCUGGUGGUGAAGAACCAAUCCGAGAGGAAUUAUUAUCCUUUGAUGAGAAGAAUCACACCUAUUCAUACACUAUCCUUGAUGGACCACUCCCAUUCAAGAAUUACAAACACUAUUAUUCAACUAUUACUUUGCGUGAAAUUACAGAAAGCAACACAACAUUCAUUGAGUGGAAAUCGGAAUUUUUCUGUCCUUUGGGUGAACAUGAUAGUGCCAAACCAAUUGUGGAAGGAGUUUAUGUUGGAGGAAUUAAUGCAUUGAAAAAGAAAUUCUCUCAAUAAUUGUGCUGAGAAUAAUUGUUUGUGAAAUUUUGAAUUUAUAUUAAAUUUGUUCCUUGAUU